UUUUUCUUGAUUUUUGGAAUUCUUUUUUACCAAAACUCAAAUCUUGUUAUAUAAAAUUCAGGGUUAGUUUUUUUAAUUGUUUUAUAGUACAAUAUGUCGAAGAGUAUACUUGUGACAGGGGGAGCAGGGUAUAUUGGGAGUCACACAGUGUUGCAAUUGUUGCUUGGUGGUUAUAAGGCUGUGGUGAUUGAUAAUUUGGAUAAUUCUUCUGAAAUUGCUGUGAAAAGGGUCAAGGAAAUUGCUGGUGAAUAUGGUUCUAAUCUCUCUUUUCAUAAGGUGGAUCUACGUGAUAAGCCGGCAGUUGAGGAGAUUUUCAGGUCUAACAAAUUUGAUGCUGUUAUCCAUUUUGCUGGACUAAAAGCAGUUGGUGAAAGUGUUGAAAAACCUCUGAUGUACUAUGACAACAACCUUAUUGGAACAAUUACCCUCUUGGAAGUCAUGGCAGCUCAUGGAUGCAAAAAGCUUGUGUUUUCAUCGUCAGCUACUGUUUAUGGUUGGCCAAAAGUGGUUCCUUGUACUGAGGAAUUCCCCCUGAGUGCUGCAAAUCCUUAUGGACGGACAAAGCUCUUCAUUGAAGAAAUAUGCCGUGAUGUACAAAACGCGGACUCUGAAUGGAAAAUCAUAUUGCUGCGGUACUUUAAUCCUGUUGGUGCUCAUCCAAGUGGCCGAAUUGGUGAAGAUCCGCGAGGAAUUCCUAACAACCUUAUGCCAUUUGUUCAGCAAGUUGCUGUUGGCAGAAGAAAAGAGCUGACAGUUUAUGGAACUGAUUAUGGAACGAAGGAUGGUACAGGGGUCCGUGAUUACAUUCAUGUUAUGGAUUUAGCAGACGGACACAUUGCUGCCUUGCAGAAGCUAUCUGAUCCUUCCAUAGGCUGUGAAGUGUACAACUUGGGAACUGGAAAAGGAACUUCAGUCCUUGAAAUGGUGGCCGCAUUUGAGAAGGCUUCUGGAAAGAAAAUUCCAAUGGUUAUGUCUGGUCGACGCCCUGGAGAUGCUGAAAUUGUAUAUGCUGCAACAGAGAAAGCAGAACGCGAAUUGAAGUGGAAGGGGAAAUAUGGCAUCGAAGAGAUGUGUAGGGAUCAGUGGAACUGGGCUAAGAAGAAUCCCUAUGGCUGAAGGAACUAGAAUCUAAUAACUGUCACUGAAGUCUACUUCAACUGCAUAAUAUCGUCAUAGUCGCAUCGUUCGUGUUGUUGCAUCGUGUAUGGAAUCCAUAGUCUUCGAAGGGACGAUUCGACGUAUAGUUCUAGGGCUAUUAGAGGGGAUUAUAAUGUUUAUAUUGUCUAACUUAUAAGUUUCAGAAUGUAAUUGGGGUUUCAAUGAGUCAGUAGUUAGAUAAAAAAAAGAAAAUCUAAGAAAGUUGAUGAAUAAUAUAGCCU